ACAGUCUAUGCUCUGAAAUCAUGGCAUCAAACCGUAAUUUGAAAAGACAUUUGAAUUGCGACGGGACUCAACCAGAGACGCCCAGAACAACAAAAUACAGAAGACUUCAUCAAAAAAAGAAACCACUGAAAUUAAUAUACAAGAGAUUUCUUUGUACAUCUCCAGUUCCCAACUCUUUGGACAGAGGAACAGUUUGUGAAAAGAUACAACUUACACAUGUUGAUGCAGAUAAUUUUAAAGUGCAAAGAAGCCUGCAAGACAGUAAAAAUCAGAACAGAGACACAGAAGAAAGGAGGCAAGAUGUGAUAUCUGAAACGGUGAUAAGGUUUAAGAAGACAGAACGUGAAAGCAAAGAUGAUAAUGUAAGUGCACAGGAGGACAGAGAGGAAGAUGAUGAAGAUGCACAGGAAGACAGAGAGGAAGAUGAUGGAAGUGAACAGGAAGACAGAGAGAAACAGCUAGAUGAUGAUCUUGUAUACCCUGGUGCUCCUCUCACGAAGGGACAGAGUCUGCUUUUACUCAUGUCAUAUGUACUGAGGCACAAUUUGACAGGUGUAGCACUUCAGGAUCUUCUUACAUUGUUUAAUGCACAUUUCCCUGGCUUGGUGCCAGCAACCACAUACCUUUUUCAUAAAGCCUAUGGACAGUUUGGCCAGUAUAAGCCCCAUUUCUAUUGUAUCAACUGUGAAACCUACAUUGGACCCAGUGAGACAGUACCACAAAACUGUUCUUCUUGUAAUACUGAAUUUGACAUUGAGAACAGCCUAAAACUUGGGUCGUACUUUCUUGUACUUAGCCUAUCAGCCCAAAUAGUGGACAUUUUGGAAAAACCUGAUAUACAUUUGAAUACAAAGGAAUCAACUCCUGGCAUUCUUUCUGAUAUUCAGUGUGGGGCAGAAUAUCAAAAAUUCAAGCAAACUGGACAAAUGGGGGAUGAUGACAUUUCAAUUUUGUGGAACUGUGAUGGAAUUCCAGUUUUCAAAAGUAAUAAUGUUCAGAUAUGGCCAAUCCAGUGUCAAAUUGUAGAACUGUCACCAAGAGUCCGGCAAGGUAAUAUAUGCAUUCCAUGCUUAUGGCUUGGUAACAGCAAGCCAAAUAUGGCUACAUUUUUAACUGCUUUUGUUGCACAGCUUAAAGAACUGGAACAGGUUGGUAUUAAAUGGAGUGACUCUGAAAACACAGAGCACACAAGCAAAAUUCAUUCGCUACUCUGCUCCUCAGAUUCAAUUGCCCGCCCCCUCCUGAGAAAUACGAAACAAUUUAAUGGAAAAUAUGGAUGUGACUUCUGCCUUCACUCUGGUGGUGGCCCAUAUGUAUGGGAAACACCAGAACCACCAUUAAGGACAGAGACUGACCAUUUCAGGCACGCAAUGCUGGCAACACCUGAGAGACCAAUAAUGGGUGUGAAAGGCCCAUCCCCUCUGAUGGAACUUGAGAGCUUUAAAAUGAUCACUGGAUUUGUUCCGGACUACCAGCACUGUGUUUGCCUUGGUGUAACGAAACAGUUAACAUCUCUGUGGUUGGAUAGUAAGCACCAUAAGGAAGAAUGGUACUUGGGCUCUAAGGUCAGUGACAUAGACCAGGGACUAAUGUUAAUUAGCCCACCUGUGGAGGUCACAAGGGCACCCAGAUCAGUUAAGGACCGAAAAUUCUGGAAGGCGUCUGAAUGGAGGUCAUUUUUGCUCUUUUAUGCUUUGACUGUUUUGAGUGGAAUUUUAAAAAAGAAGUACUGGAGUCAUCUUUUUUUGUUAGUUUUUGCAAUUCACACUCUUCUGCAGGAUGCAGUGAAAAUGACCCACGUGGAUAUGGCAGAGCAAGCUCUUCGAAAGUUCGUACAUAAUUUUGAGAAACUGUAUGGUGCUGGUAAUGUCUCUUUCAAUGUACAUUUGUUAAUGCACUUGGCAUCAAGCGUACGCAACUGGGGACCAUUGUGGGCAACAUCCACAUUUCCAUUUGAAUCAUUCAAUGGGACUUUGCUAAAAUUUUUUAAUGGAACAACACAUGUGUCUGCUCAAAUAGUGAAAAGAUUCCUUAGGUGGAGGGGUCUUUCAACAAAAGCAGAGACUAUAAUGGAAAAUGCAAAUGACAACAUAAAAAAAAUAUUUGGCAAACUCCAGGGUAGGUCUGGCGUAACAAAAACAUCAAAAGAGUUUCCAGAUAAUGUCAGAGGUUUUGGCUGCCCAAAGAAAGGCAGCACAUCUGUGCUGCAGAGGAGGGCUAUUGAACAUUUCACAGGAGACACUGUUCAUUUAGGUUUAUUUUAUGACCGUUUCAUUUGCAACAGUGUUGUUUAUCAUUCAUAUAAUAACACAACUCUUAAAAAGAGAAAUAAUUCUGUUGUACAGUUAAAUGAUGGGACAUUCUGUGAGAUUUUGACCUUGGUGGCCUACACAUCUGAGGAUGGGGCCUCUUCUGUAUUUGAUACAAACAGUUUCUGUCUUUUAGUUAAAGAGCUAGCCAAGAGUGGAAGAAAGGUUUAUAGAGAUGCUCAGUUAAAUAUAUCCUGUACAUUUCUAACUGAAGUGUGUCACACCAAUAAUGUAUUUGCUGUACAUCCUCAGUCAUUAGAGCGCAAAUGUGUAAUGGUGAAGUCUAAGGACAAAAUGUAUGUUAGUCCACUUCCAAACAAUGUUGAAAGAGACUAAAACUGUUUCCUGCAAACAGAAAUGUUUGUAAUUGUACCAGUGAAAAACAUGCAACUGUUAAUGUUAAUCCCAUUUUUUUUUCCAUAAUUCACUGUGUAACUCAAUUACAUAACAGGUUUUUCUUAUAUUUCAUAUCAGUCCUGAAUAUUAUUGUGUUUAAUGUUAAAUAUUUGACAUAAAUAAUGUUACAUAGUGUGUUUAAUGUCAAAUUUUUUGUUAAUGUUUUUAGGAUUAUUAUGACCCUGUCAUUUAUGAUUGUAUCAUGAUACUUCUAAUAUUAGCUCAAUAAACAUAACUGCAUAUAAAAAAACUGUUAAAAGAACAGACAUUUGUGCAAUGCAUAUAUUGUAUUGAAAAUAUAUUUAUAACAGGCUUUCAAAAAUUUCAUCACUUUUGCCAAGUUACAAAGUUCCUAGCUUAAAUAAGUAAACGUUAAAGUCACACUCAAAAUUAACUUAAAAUAUGCUAAAUCUUCAAUAUAUUAAAUAAACUAUUUUUAAAAUAUGCUUUCAGUGCAUUGUGACAAGCAUA